AUGGAGCUUCGCUGUUUUUUGGUGCACUGCAGUAAUCCUUCGGCUGGGCCCCCUUACGUAGAAAUACCGCCGUCGCCCGCUUCUCACUCCGGCGGGCGCCGCGGCGCUGUGAAGUGUUUGGGUCGUCACUCACCAGAGCUUUAUUGGCGGCUUGGCAACAACCCCCGCUUUUCACGGCGGAUGAUGUCGUUCUGGGUGGAGGAGGCAACAACACCGGAGGAAGUCCCCCCGGCCGCCCGCGUCCACCCACAUGUGGCCCAGCGCUUGACAUUAAAGUGUACUGGAAAGAACACGAUUACCGUGGCGCGACGCGCCGCCAGUGCAAAUUCCAGUAGCCAGCCGACUGGAGAAAGUCGCAUUCUUCUUCACUGCAAUGAGUCCACCACGCUCCGGGUUGGCGAUAGCGUGGGCGUCGCGCAUCAGGUUUGGAUGCAGGUUGUCCUCGUCCUUGUGUGCGUCAAUGAUGCGGUGAAGGUGCCGGUUGUGGUGCCGCAGGAGGAACGUAGCCAUGCUUCCUGCUUGCCUGUCUGCCGGACACUCUACUCGCCGCUGCGGGAUCCACCUCCGCCUCCGCUGGUGCAUGUGGAUCGAUUGUGGGUAAAGUUGCCCUUCGCCAUUAGGGCCUCGUUAGCAUUAGCCGCAUGGCAACACCAGUCGACCGCAGACUCAGGCGGUGUGGUAACCGCAACCGCAACCGCAGAUUUACCGAGUAUGGCGUCCACAUCGCUUGCUGCUCCGCCUGAAAUCGGAGACGGAAUGGAAGAGGCCGCUGCGCUUAGUAACUCUUCGCAGGUAAUUCGGGAAGGUGGGACGACAACGUCGAGCGGGGAAACACGUAGUAAGCGCCGAAAGCGUGCUUCGUCGUCUGGGAGCCGAGGCAUUGAGUCAGGGGUGCUCUCGCUGGAUAUGGGACCUCCGCAAAAGAAGCGCCUGGUCUCCGUGGAGGAGGGGGCUGUUAUGGAGCCUACUCCUCCACCUCCGUUGCCGGAAAACAGUACUUAUUAUUAUGAAACCUUCGACGAGCAGCUAGACGAUGAGCUUCGGAACCUGGAAUCACGCGCAACCGUCACCAAUCCCCUUAUUGCCGCGGGGCAUCCCGUCCCCGAACUAUUGGGCGAAAGCCCGCCAUGUGAAGGACGGCACGAUGAAGCAAAGCAAUGGCGUAGCCGAAAUAAACUCUUCACUGUGAGCCGAACUCAACUGCGGCAUGGCAACAACCAGCGAGAGAAAAACUUGCAGCUCUCGUCGGGCCAUGGACAAGUAGCAGGCGACAGCAAAACUGUUGCUGAUGAAUCACAGGUUGUGUACUAUCGCCGCUAG